AUGUUCGCCCUCUCUGUCGCCACCGUCGUCGCUGCCCUCGCUGGAUUCGCAGCAGCCCAGGAAUCCCACCGGGUCUCCAUGACGAACAGGUGCUCCUCUGGAACCCCUGUCUUCCUUUACGAGGCCAACGGCAACCCUCAAGGCUCGACGACCAUCAACGGUCAGCUCCUCGGCGGCAUCGCCUGGCUCGAGAACUUCGCCGGCGCCAACUGUCUCAGCUCCGGCGUGAACUGCGGCGCGGUAGAAUUCACCCUUCGCAACGACGCCCCGAACCAGAACGCGGCAGACUUCACGCUCGAGGCUCAGCCCGCGAACGGUAACCACCAGUUCACCUACCCGAUGUCGUUCAGUUACAUCGGAGGCGGGGCUUGCAACGGCAUCAGCGACAACUGCCCGUCUCUCGGAGACUGCCCUCACGCCUUCACCGAUCCUACCAACGGCACUCCCCUCCAGUGCGUCGGAACGAACGCCGGUAUCCAAAUCACCUUCUGCUAA